GUGCAAAGUGUCAUCAUCGAGGAAAUUAGGAAAAUUCUCCAUGUCGGUCCGUCGUGUUCGCGUUGGUCACGGUGUUCGGUAGGAAAAUCGCAUCGCGCACUGGAAAAAAGAGUGUACCGCAAACGCGCUACCCAAGGAAAGGCAGGAAAGGUUCCCAUUGAGAAAAGCACAGUGCAACAGUGAAAACCUGGCUCGAGCGCCCGUGGAAAUAAUGUGGUGGUAGAAAAUGUGCUAGAGAGGAAAAUCUGCGUCGGAAAAUUCCUGCGGCCAAGCAGCAGCAGCAGCAGCAGCACGUUCGACUCGGCAGUAGCGCAAGGGCACGGCUAUGCAAUAAAAGGACUGCCUCGAGACGCAACAGCACACCUAGAAAACCACAAGUUCCCUUCCGUUUGGCGUGAUUUCAUCAUCAUCAUCAUCAUCACCAUCAUCAUCACCAUCGACGACAACCAUCGGUGGGUGUAGGGGAGUGAGAAGCGGGAGUGGCGAAAUUGGAAUCAGCUCGUACCACCCGAACACGACAUAAGGAAAGGCUCCGAAGCGGCCAUACAUUCGCGUGAAGGAAGUACACCGCUUUUUGGCACAACAUUCCUGCAGCAACAGCAACACGGUUGUUCCCUCUACCACGUGUCCCUUUGGAGUAUUUGGAGAGCCUGCUACGGAGAUAGACCGACACAACCAGCACAACAACUAGCAAACAGCAGCGGUAGCAGUAGCGACAAACAAACAAAAAAAGGUGUUCAUUAGCGAUAGAUAAGUAGUUCGUGUGGUAACAAAUAGCGCACAGUAUUUGAAGGUAGAGCCCAAAGCUAAAUGCACAAAAAAGGUGACAAGGCAUAGUGAACCGAAACCGGGAUUAGAUUACGGAACGAAACGUUACGCUCAAAAAGGUUUGCUUCUUCAACGUUAGACUGUAAGGCGUAGACUAUCCGAGUGUAGCUAGACCGCACGCGAAAAGCCCAAAGCCCAAAACCCCGAACACACACAAGCACCAGAGAGAGAUGAACGAGCUGGAGGCGCUGCGGCAGGAGGCGGAAACGCUGAAGAAUGCGAUCCGGGACGCGCGGAAGGCGGCCUGCGACACGUCGCUCGUCCAGGCGACGAACAAUCUCGAACCGAUCGGCCGGAUACAGAUGCGCACCCGGCGCACGCUCCGGGGCCAUCUGGCGAAGAUCUACGCGAUGCACUGGGGGAGCGACUCGCGCAACCUGGUGUCGGCCUCGCAGGACGGCAAGCUGAUCGUGUGGGACUCGCACACGACCAACAAGGUGCACGCGAUCCCGCUGCGCUCCUCCUGGGUGAUGACGUGCGCGUACGCCCCGUCCGGCAACUUUGUCGCGUGCGGCGGCCUGGACAACAUCUGCUCGAUCUACAAUCUGAAGACGCGCGAGGGCAACGUGCGCGUGUCGCGGGAGCUGCCCGGCCACACGGGCUACCUGUCCUGCUGCCGGUUCCUCGAUGACAACCAGAUCGUGACGAGCUCGGGCGACAUGUCGUGCGGGCUGUGGGACAUCGAGACGGGCCAACAGUGCACCUCGUUCCUGGGGCACACCGGCGACGUGAUGGCGCUGUCGCUGUCGCCCCAGUGCCGGGUGUUUGUCUCCGGGGCGUGCGACGCCUCGGCGAAGCUGUGGGACAUCCGCGAGGGCCAGUGCAAGCAGACGUUCCCGGGGCACGAGAGCGACAUCAAUGCGGUCACCUUCUUCCCGAACGGGCACGCGUUUGCGACGGGCUCGGACGAUGCCACCUGCAGGCUGUUCGACAUCCGGGCCGACCAGGAGCUGGCCAUGUACUCGCACGACAACAUCAUCUGUGGCAUCACGUCCGUGGCGUUCUCGAAGUCGGGCCGGCUGCUGCUGGCGGGCUACGAUGACUUCAACUGCAACGUGUGGGACACGCUGAAGGCGGAGCGGGCGGGCAUACUGGCCGGGCACGACAACCGCGUGUCCUGCUUAGGCGUGACCGAGAACGGUAUGGCGGUGGCGACAGGGUCCUGGGACUCGUUCCUGCGAGUAUGGAACUAAGUGUUGCGUAGUACACAGGUAGUAGCUGAGCGAGGCGUGGCGUGCACGCGUGCAGAUCGUGGACGGAGCAGCGCAGCAAGCGUUACAAGGGAAGGGGAGCUGCCAUUUAGAUUAUUAAGCAUAAACACACACACACACGCGUACACAAACACACGCAUAUACAUGUAUACAUACAUACAUUAUAAAUAUAAAUGGUACGAGAUUUUU